AUGGGGUACGCCGACAUUGACAAGCUGGCCAUCAACACUAUUCGUGUUCUUGCCGCCGAUGCCACCUUCAAAUCGAACUCCGGCCACCCUGGUGCGCCUAUGGGAAUGGCCCCAGUUGCCCACGUUCUUUUCAACAAGAUUAUGACCUAUAACCCAAAAAACUCCAACUGGGUAAACAGAGAUCGAUUCGUCCUCUCCAACGGACACGCUUGCAUGCUUCAAUAUGCUCUCCUUCACAUCUGCGGUUACAAGAUUUCAAUGGAUGAUAUCAAAGCUUUCCGAUCGAUAGACAGUAUUACUCCAGGUCAUCCAGAAGCGCACGACACCGAUGGUAUCGAAGUCACCACUGGACCUCUUGGCCAGGGUUUCUCCAAUGCAGUUGGUUUGGCUAUCGCUCAGCACCACGCUGCUGGAGAGUUCAACAAGCCAGGGUUCGAGCUCAUCAACAACUACACAUAUACAUUUUUGGGUGAUGGAUGUAUGAUGGAGGGUGUUGCUAGCGAAGCUGCGUCGCUCGCUGGUCACUUGCAGCUUGGUAACCUGAUUGCUAUUUACGAUGACAACCACAUCUCUAUCGAUGGAGAUACCAACUGCGCGUUCACUGAAGAUGUCGCACUCCGAUUCCAAGCUUACGGCUGGCACGUCGAGGUCGUCGAGGAUGGUGACCACGAUUUGGAGGGAAUUGAGGCAGCUAUCAAGAAGUGCCAGGAAGUCAAGGAUAAGCCAUCUAUGAUCAAGCUCCGAACCACCAUCGGAUUUGGCUCACUCCAGCAGAACACUCACGGAGUCCACGGAUCUCCUCUGAAGGCUGAUGAUAUCAAGCAGCUAAAGGAGAAAUUCGGAAUGGAUCCCGAGAAGUCAUUCGUCGUGCCACAAGAGGUUUAUGACUUAUAUCACAAGCAUGGUGACGAGGGUGCAGCCAAGGAGAAGGAGUGGGAGCAAAUGCUCUCCAAAUAUGCCGAGAAGUACAAGGAUGAAGCUGCCGAUCUCAAGCGUCGUUUGACAGGAGAUCUCCCAGAAGGUUGGGAAAAGAACCUCCCAGUCUACUCUCCUUCAGACCCAGCUGUCGCUUCCAGAAAGCUUUCUGAAAUUGUUCUUCAAAAGAUUCACCAAGCAAUUCCAGAGUUGGUUGGCGGUUCUGCAGAUUUGACUGGUUCAAACUUGACAAGAUGGAAGGAAGCCGUUGACUUCCAACCCCCAGCUAAUGGUCUUGGUGACUGGAGUGGGCGAUACAUCCGAUAUGGUGUUCGUGAACACGCUAUGGGUGCCAUCAUGAACGGUCUCGCUGCUUAUGGAACAGUCAUUCCAUAUGGUGGAACUUUCUUGAACUUCGUUUCAUACGCUGCUGGAGCCGUACGUUUGUCUGCGCUGUCUCACAUCCGAGCCAUCUGGGUUGCAACACACGACUCUAUCGGUCUCGGUGAGGACGGACCUACUCACCAACCUAUCGAGACACUCGCGCAUUUCCGUGCUCUUCCUAACUGCAUGGUCUGGCGCCCAGCCGACGGAAACGAGACAAGUGCUGCCUACUAUGUUGCUUUAACUUCUAAGGAGACUCCAAGUAUCAUCGCUCUGUCCCGUCAAAACCUUCCACAUCUCGAGAACUCUACUCUCGCUCAUGCCAUGAAGGGUGGGUAUGUUGUUCACGACGCUGAGAAGGCUGACAUUACCUUGGUGUCCACCGGAUCCGAGGUCGGAAUCUGCGUUGAUGCUGUCAAGUACUUGAAGGACAACCACAACUUGACCGCUCGUGUUGUUUCCGUUCCGUGCUUCGAGGUCUUUGACGCCCAGUCAAAGGAGUACAGACUCAGUGUUCUUCCAGAUGGCAUCCCAUCUCUAUCAGUCGAGGUCAUGUCGACUAUGGGCUGGGAAAGAUACACCCACGAGCAGUUUGGUCUCAACAGAUUUGGUGCAAGUGGUGCCUACAAGGAUGUCUAUAAGAAAUUCGAGUUCACACCGGAAGGUAUUAGCAAGCGUGCUGUUGCAACGGUCGAUUUCUACAAGGAUGUCCAGAAUCUACGCUCACCUAUCAACCGUGCUUUCCAACAAUUGAUCUAA